ACUUCCGUGGUGUUGCGAUGAUCGCGCCUACGAUGCGUUGUCCGUCCGAAUGGUGAUGGCAGAAGCUUUUGAUGGGUGCCAGUACUCAGUGGAAGUGAAGAGCAGGUUUUCCCUGUUCUUGAACGAAGACCUCAGUAAUACGGACCCGGAUAUAUUGUUACGAGAGUCUUUGAAACAACGAGCGGAGCGCAAAAAGAAGGCAAAGACCAGUCAUGUCGAGAAUGGGUUGACGGAAGUGAAGAAAACCGAUGCACUGAACGAGCCUAAGGAGCAACAGAAUGAAGUGAUUGCUACUGAGCCUCCUUGCGUCCCGAAGAUUUCCGCUAGCCUAAACCAGCCAUUGGAAACGCAAGAGGAGGAACAUCGCAAUCCGAAGGAUGCGGAGGCUAGCUUCCCACCGCCAUUUCGAGGGCGUGGUGCCCCGCGUGGCUUCAACCGUGGUUUCAGAGGUCGAUAUUCUGCUACGCGUCCGUUAGCACCUGAUAACUCCGAGCCAGCCGGUGACAUGCUACCGCAGAAUGACAUCUGCAGGCCAGUCGGACGUGCUCGAGGUAGACCGCGAGGAAUAUUCUCCAGGGGACGUGGUAUGCAGUACACAGAUUACCGCGAGCAGGGGCGUUUAAACGGACCCGAUCAUCCUAGUCAGAGGUCUCCAUUCAGGCGCGACGCUUACGAGCAAUCAGAUGCACUGGGCGAUUGUGUUACCACUGAUGCCGUUCCUGAAAACGGGGAUGCAGAGCAUAUUGUAGCGGAGCAGUCUGUCGCCGACCAAGCGGACUCAACUGCUAACGGUGAACUUGAGGUAGAUGUAGAAGAGCCCAAGUGUUACACUCUGGAGGAAUACAAAGCCCUGCGCCUCGCCAACAAGCCGACGAUAACUCUGGCUUCCAAAGAAGGGCGAAAGCCAAACGAUGGCAAGGACGUGUUUGCUAAUAUGGUUGCACACCGUAAAGCAACUGAUGCAUCUGAGGAAAGCACAGAAGAAAUCGAGACAAAGCAUGAGGUAAGGAAGUGCUCUCAUCCUUCUACCACUACUCUCUCUAGGAAGAGCAACACUUCGAAAUAAAUGUGUCGUUUAUGGACAGGCACCUUGAUCGAGGUAGAGGUCGUGGAUUCGGUGGUCGUGGUUUUGAACGCGGACGCGGCUUCGGUCCUCGAGGCGUCGGAAGGCCCAGGGGUUUCCGAGGCGAUAUUCGAGGCCGUGGGUUCACCAGAACUGCCCCUCCGGAGGGACACGCACCCCCUCCAGUUAUCUACAGUGAUAAGGACUUUCCGUCUCUGAAAUGAUCAAUCUGUUGCAGUUUUACCAUGUUCACAGACUAAACGUUCCACCUUACUGGGUUGCUGCUUAAAGGCUUUUAGUUUAGCCUUGAUUGCUUAUCCCAUUCACUCCUGGCUAUACAAUCGACCUCUCGGUGCCGCAGUUCGUCAGAUCUGUAUUUACAGCUGCAUUGACCGUUGUGCGAUUGUCUAGCUUUGUACAUGAAUAAACGUCGUUCCAUAAAGUUACUCGUUUUUGCGUCAUGAACCUAAACGCGUUCUAACUUCGUUACAAUUGUUUUCAUAUUGCGUGUUUAGCCGCCUCAUGUUUUGGCUGAUGAAGCACACCGUUCAUAUGACGUAGUUUACUGACCAGUUAAUCCUUUUCCUGGUUUUAAGCUUGUUUCUUUGUCUAGGAUGCUGCCUCAACCUACCGUCGCGUCCAGAGGAGCG